AUGACAGAACAUUUGAACUCGCUUCACGAUUAUGUAAAAACAACUGUCAUCAACCCACACAACACACAGUCGACUGUCUCAGGCCUGGCUGAACGCAGUCAGGACCAGCUCUGGAUUCGCCAGUUGCCACUGCCAGCUGAGAUAGCAACUCAGGGUUCUGUAUACAAUAAAUUCCUCAUUCUGGUAACUCUUGCCUUUUACUUCCAACCUGGGAUUCGACCUGAUGAUUGCAAUGAUCCGAGUUCAACCAUUGCUUAG